AUGCAAACCUUGUUGCCUCCGCACAAUGUUUCACGGUGGUCGUCGUUGUCAGCUGCUAUCGUGGCUGGAAGGUGGUGGUGGCUGGUUAACCGCUGGUGUGGAAGAGUUGUAGACAGUGUCCCCAGUACCCUUGAGGUCGUUUGGAUUCCAAUCUCUUGCUGGGCUGCUCUUGAACGUAAUAAUAAUGGGAACCGAAAAAAAGAACUUAUAAGUGAGUCGAUAAACAAGUAUUCAACCAUUCCACCCAUUCAAUUUAUAGUUACAACAUUUUUUUAUCAAGUUGUAACCCUUUCCACCCAUCCGUAUGGGUGCCGAGUGAUACAGAGGAUACUGGAGCACUGCAUGGACCCAAAAACACAGAAUAAGGUUAUGGAUGAGAUCUUAGGGUCUGUUAGCAUGUUGGCACAAGACCAGUAUGGCAAUUAUGUUGUCCAGCACGUACUGGAGCACGGAAAGCCUCAUGAGCAGUCAAUUAUAAUAAAGGAGUUAGCUGGAAAGAUUGUCCAGAUAAGGCAGCAGAAGUUUGCCUCUAAUGUUGUUGAGAAGUGCUUGACUUUUGCUGGUCCUUUCGAUCGUCUGUUAGUGGUGAAUGAAAUGCUUGGUUCUACGGAUGAGAACGAGCCUCUGCAGGCAAUGAUGAAAGAUCAGUUUGCAAAUUAUGUGGUUCAGAAAGUACUCGAGACUUGCGAUGACCAGCAACGUGAGCUGAUCCUUCCUCGAAUUAAGGUCCAUUUAAAUGCAUUGAAGAAGUACACUUACGGAAAGCAUAUCGUUGCACGUGUAGAUAAAAUCGUUGCUGCUGGGGGUAUGCUUAUGAUAUAA